GUGGCCAGAAUGGCAUCCGUAUCCAGACCCAAGCAAGCCGCAUUGUGCCCACCGAUGCUACGGCUGUGGGGUUCUACUGCACCAACGCUUGGAAUCGUUGGAUUGGCAACUCUGCCAGUGGAGGCUUCUCUGGGUUCCACUUCCCGGCGGUGCCGUAUGUGCUCGGCGACAGCUACUCGCAGAACCGGGAUUACCACCCAGAUGAGAAAGAGCUGCUGGAGUUCGAUUCGAACACCGCGCAUUCUUCAGGAAGACUCUGGAGCCGGGGCGCCUGCAUGUACGUAGGCGGCGAGCUCUGGGAGGACAACAAGGGCUCCCAGCAGUACCGAUACAUCAGCGGACGAGCCACUGCUCGCAAGGGCGGCCGUUUCAUCAUGACCAACACCAAGGAUCUGCGACAAAAGGAUGUCCAAUGUUGGGAAAACGAGCAGCCAGUACUCAGGGUGUCCAGCAUGCUUAUGACCAAGUUCUUCUGCCACUACUGA